AUGAGAGCCCAGAGAGCAUCCUCCAAUGUCUUCUCCAUGCUCCAGCAGACACAGAUCCAGGAGUUUAAAGAGGUGUUCACACUUAUCGACCAGGACAGAGAUGGGUUUAUUGACAAAGAAGAUCUGAAGGAUACCUAUGAAUCUCCUGGUAAGCUGAAUGUGAAGAACAAUGAGCUAGAAGACAUGCUCAAAGAGGCUUGUAGUGCCAUCAACUUCACCAUGUUCCUCAACCUGUUUGGAGAGAAGCUACAUGGAACAGAUCCAGAAGAGAUAAUUCUCAACACCUUCAGAAUGUUCAAUCCUAACACUAAGGGUUAUGUUAAACAGAUGUUCCAAUCGUCUACCUUCGACCCAGCAGGAAACCUGGACUACAAAUCCCUCUGUUACAUCAUCACACGCGGAGAGGAACAGGAGGAGUAA